UUUAUUUUAGAAAAGGGAAGUUAAUCGUCAUUUUUCACUACAAAAAUUACUGGAGUCAGUCUGGCAUAUUUGAGGGCCGUUUCUUAGGAUACCGGAGACGAAUCGAUGAGGAGUUACACCGUUUUCUUUACAUUUGAAACUUAAACCACCGGAAACUUAAAUAAAUUUAAAAACCUUCGGCACAACGUUGAUAUUUAUUAUUGACAACAUGUAAAGGAGGAUCUUCUCUAAAGAUGACUGAAAGUCGAGUUGUUUUCAAGAAAGAAGGCGUUGCUCCACCGCCGAGUAAGGACUUCUAUCAGCUUACUGUCCAAGCCGAUAGACAUGUCAUUUGGCGAUCAUGGAGUAUUAAUCUUCGUAUCAGCGACAGCCGUUCACCUGCUCAGUCCAUCUUCUCCAGCGAGGAGUUCAUCGAGAAGAAAUCUUUACAAACAGAGAUAGCGCGUGUGCUUGGCUGUGACACUCUUGAACAGGUAUUGAAUAUAGUCUCUCCCGCAUCGUCAUACUCAUUGGAGGACCUCCCUGAAGAUGUAAUACGAAAAAUAUGCUUGAAUUUAGAGCCGGAAUCUAUUGGAAGGCUUGCUCAGACAAGUAAACGACUUCGUGCCGUAUGUUACACUGACGAACUGUGGUCAAUCUUGUUCAAGAAAUCUAACGGAAGUGUGGAGAAGGAUAUUGAAAGCGCCGCUGAAGUCGUGGGAUGGAGAACACUGUUUAUGUCAAGUACGCUGCAGUGCAAACGCUUUAACAACAAAAUUGACAAAAGUUCUGGAACAAAGCCUUGGGUACUUUUCAGUUAAGAUGUUGGGACAGUUUUUCUUUGAAAGUUUCGUAAAACUAUCAGUGCAAUUGAUGGAAAUGGCGCGUUUUAUGACACUCUAAACAAAGGUGGACUGGAAUGGAUUUUAAUACUACCAAUAUACCACGGUUUGCGUAGUCAAGUAAUAUGGAUACGAUUCAUGAGACAAAGUAUAUAGAGCAAGUAUAUACCACGGAUUGCGAAAUAAAAAGUCAAAGAUUCACAAGGCAAAGCAUGGUUAUAACAAGUACAUAGCACAAGUAUAUACCAAGGAUUGCGUCAUCAAAAGUCAUAAACUCACAAGGCAAACCUUGCGGGAUUUCACAAGUACAUAGCACAAGUGUGUACCACGGUUUGCGUCAUCAAAAGUCAUGAACUCACGAGGCAAAUCUUGGAUAUCACAAGUACAUAGCACAAGUAUAUAACACGGUUUGCGUCGUCAAAUAAUUAUGGAUCUUCACUAGGAUCGUCAUCAAAUCAGUCAUAAUUACAAGGCCUUGGAUGAAAUAGAGUUUUCCACGGAUGACGUCAUAGAUUGUGCAUCACGGGAUUGAAAUGCAGACAAACCAAGCCCAUCGCACAUGCUGACAUGCUGCAGCAAUUUCUUGUAGUCUUGUUUUUUUAUAGUCAUGGAAGGACUAUGGUUUAUGACUGACGUAAAACUCAUGACUAAAGCACAUGCAUAUUCUGUCAUUGAUGAAUAGGACGUUUGCAAGCUUGCGUUAUGGCAUCAUUUUACUACAGCUACCAAGAUACUUCGCGAAUUUUCUUUUAAGUCAGUCACUGAAUAACUUUUCAUAAAUAUGCUUUAUUCUUAAGUUACUAUUUAUGGAACAGAUAGUUUACACUUUUCCCCACGAUUUUAUAAUAUAUGUCGUUUGAAAGACGUAACUCAAUUGGAGAACCGUUUCUAUUAAAUAACCUGUCAAGAUAUUACAUUCCUGUAAUUGUAAGAAUAUCGGUUCGUCGCAGCACUGAGCCACAGUAGCCUGGACAGCUUUUAAUAAGACUAGGACUAGUUCCAAGAUCAGUUCCAUCUUCUGGUAUUAAGUCAGUGCAGAUCUCUUCUCUUUAUUUGAUUUUUUUCUGGUAUAGUAAAGCAAUUUAUUUCCCAGUUAUGACCUCGCGAAUAUUCUAGCCCCUUGCCUAGCAUCGUAAUGCCGCAUUUCUUAAGAAAAAUAAAGUAUAACCUAUAGCUGAA